AUGGAUGUUAUUUAUGAAAGAUUAAAAUUGGACAACAUUGUAUCAAAUAAUGAAGAACGUGAACAUUGUUUAAAAACCUUGAAUGAAAUAUUGCAAUCACCAGACAGAGAUUAUGAGACAUAUUUAUCAUCUCAAGCACUUGAUCAGACAAUAGUGGAAGAAAUAGGUGAAAUCGAUGCCGAUUUAUCCAUAUUAGAGAAAAAACUGAAAAAAAUUUUGGUUCAAAAUAAAGAAAUAGUCUCAACACAGAUCCUUAAUGAAACAUUAAACGAAUCUGUUUUGCAUCAAUUACAUGAAGAUUUAGAACAAUUAUGGGAAAUGGAUCCACAAAAUAUUCAAGGAAAUUCCAAUGUUAGUCCAGAAAAAAAAGAUGACCAACUGAUUUCAGUGGAUGAAUUACUGGAAACAGAUAAUACGACAAAAAUGGAUUCUCAGUCUUCCUCGAGUUCACACAAAAACAACAAACCGAAAGAUGAUUUCCAUAUUGCUUUGGAUAAACUAAGAGAACGUAUUAAUAAAAAAAAACAUAAGGAAGAAAUGCAAGAAAAUUUGACAUUUAUUUUGAUCAAUUUACAAAAUAUCACAGACCUGAUGGAAUUACCAUUUUUGACCAGAACAUGUAUCAGAACCGGUCACUACCAAGAAGCAAUCAUGGUCUUUUCUUACUGCAAAUCUUUAAAAAUGAAAUUUCCAGAUUCUGAUAUUGUAAAAGGGAUAUUUAACAAUGUUUUAAACGAGGUAAGUAAUACCAUGGCAGUGGGUUUGGUAAAAUUGCUUUCUACUAAUUUAAGUGUAAAUUCAAUCAAAAAGAUUCUAAAUUAUUUAAGUGUCAUACCACCAUUCGACGUGAAGGGUUCAAAUACCUUGUUAAAUGUAUAUUUAUCAAUGAGGUAUGAAUUUAUUCGUAAUGAAAUUCUUUCAUAUUCAUUGGAUGCACAUACAGAAAUGAAUGAUUCUCUAGUUGAAAUGAUUAUUAAAAGGAAGAUUGAAGUAGUACGAGAACAUCUCUACAGUUCUUUGAACAUAUAUUCCCAAAAUUUUAGUAUUGAAUCUAUACCUAUACUUAUUCCAUUGAUAAAAGAUAUUACUGAUAAAUUAAUUCCAUCAAAAGACAAAAAAAACAUAAAAGAUACAAGUACUGCCAACAAUAUUUUGAAAGACGAAGACAGUAGUGCUGAAAAUGAGAAUACUGAAGAACAACCUGUACAAAAUGAUAGUGAAAAAAUAUCACCAACACAAUCAAAUGCUGUAUCAGGGGACGACAAUAGAAAUGUUAAGACAAAAGAAACAAAAUAUGACAAUAUAGCAACGAAAGAUAAGGAAGAUGAAGAGGAAGAAUAUGAUCUAAUCCCACAAUUUCAAUUACAGACAAACAUGGUAGACACAAAUCCACUAAUGUUGCAGAUGGUCAGUAAAUGUAUUAAUUGUUUGUUAGAGGAAUUCAAAAAUGUCUCUACAGAAAUUCUAAACAAUUCCAUCUGUCUUCAACUAAUUUAUUGUUCCUUUAGAUUGAGUGAUUUGAACAUCAAUUAUCAUUAUUGUUUCUUAAAUAGACUUUUUGAAAGCAGGUUGUUCACUAAAGAUCAAAUAGUUCAAGCCGUUAAAAAACGUGCGGAGCUAGCUUCUAGAUAUUCUUGA